AUGAACAAAACGGAAGCGGACAACAUUUCAGAAAAUACGCUCCCGAAAAAGGUUAUAGAUGAGAAAGAGGUGUGGUCGCAACAUUUGCGUUGGCCUAGUGAACCAGUGAAGUCUACAAAACGUAAAUCUAACGAUAACACUCGUAUGCCGUACGCAAUUACUUCUAAGAAGUUUAAAGAAUUUAUGGAUAAGAAAGAAGCAGUGAAACAGAAAAAAGAAGAACUGAGAGUACAACGAAAAUUGAAGGUCAAUUUGAAGGCUAAAACCAAGAAGAUUAAUCCUAAACGUAAAACUAAGAUAAAAGACAACAUUAAGAAUCAUACAGAACGCAAAAGUGGUGGAAAUGACUCGCUCGAUAUGAAGGAAAAUAAUAUCGGCGCAGAAGAAAAUUCAAACUCAUCUGGACCUGAUACUGGGUCCUAUGUAAUCGUCCUUUAUGAUGAAAAGCCGUUUCCAGGAAUCGUCAAGAAUAUAGAAGGCGAGGAAUACGAAGUGCAGACUAUGUGCAAGGUUGAUAUUGAAGGAAAAUAUCAUUUUAAAUGGCCCGGUCGAGUUGAUCAAAUUUGGUACAAUAAAGCGUCUAUUUUAGAACAAAUUACUGAACCAAGAUUAAUUCGUAGGGGCAUAUUUGAAUGCAAUGAAAUAGAGAAAUACUUACCUUUAGAAUAG